CAGGGGAGGGAUGGGGAGUGAGCAUGCAGCUCUCCUUGGCUUCCUCAGUUGCCCUCGGCCCGAGCCCCUCAGCCUCACGCCGCCCUUAGCCCAUGCUCCCUUCCAGAGCUUCCCUCGCCUGGUCCAGGCCGGUAACUCCCCGCAGACGGGCGGCAGCGCGUGCGCCGCGGAGAGAGAGGCAGGCAGCAAGCGGGCGCGGGCGCUGCGGGCAGAGGCAGGCGGGCGAGCCGGAUCAGCCGCGAGCCAGGCGCUCUCCGCACGCCGCGCCUCCAGCGCGGGGGGAAUCCGAGAGGGGGCGGGAACGGAGGCGUGCGAGGGAGCAUCUGGCCGGUGCGGGGCCCUGCAGGAUGAAGCGGCGCCAGGCAUCCCACCCGGGCGAGCCUGUGACUUCAGAUCUACUGAUGACCCCUAGUGAUCAGGGUGAUGGAGACCUGGACAUAGACUUUACUGCAGACCGUGGAAACUGGACAGGGAAGCUGGACUUCCUUCUCUCCUGCAUUGGCUACUGUGUGGGCCUAGGCAACGUCUGGCGCUUCCCCUAUCGAGCUUACACCAAUGGAGGAGGUGCCUUUCUUGUGCCCUAUUUCAUCAUGCUGACCAUCUGCGGCAUCCCUCUCUUCUUCCUGGAGCUCUCCCUGGGCCAGUUCUCUAGCUUGGGCCCACUUGCUGUAUGGAAGAUCAGCCCUCUCUUCAAAGGUGUUGGCGUGGCCAUGCUCAUCAUCGUCUCCCUGGUGGCCAUCUAUUACAACAUGAUCAUCGCCUACGUCUUGUUCUACCUCUUCGCCUCCCUAACCAGCCACCUGCCCUGGCAGCACUGUGGUAACUGGUGGAACACGGACCGCCUGGACCACCAUGCAAUGAGAGAAGCCAAUGGCACGCUGCCCCUCAACAUGUCCAACACCGUCAGCCCCAGCGAGGAGUACUGGAGCCGAUAUGUCCUCCACAUACAAGGGAGUACAGGCAUCGGAGAUCCAGGUGAGAUUCAAUGGAAACUCUGUCUCUGCCUCUUACUGUCCUGGGUCAUCGUCUUCCUCUGCAUCCUCAAGGGAGUAAAAUCCUCUGGCAAGGUGGUGUAUUUCACAGCCACCUUCCCAUACCUCAUCCUCCUCAUGCUGCUGGUUCGGGGGCUGACACUUCAGGGUGCCUGGAGGGGGAUCCAGUUCUAUCUCACACCCCAGUUUGAUCACCUUCUAACUUCCAAGGUAUGGAUUGAGGCAGCCUUGCAGAUCUUCUAUUCCCUGGGGGUGGGCUUUGGGGGCCUCCUUACCUUUGCCUCUUACAACACCUUUCACCAAAAUAUCUACAGAGACACAUUCAUUGUCACCUUGGGCAAUGCAAUCACCAGCAUUCUGGCUGGCUUUGCCAUCUUCUCUGUGCUGGGCUACAUGUCUCAGGAGCUGGGAGUCCCUGUGGACCAGGUGGCCAAAGCAGGGCCUGGCCUGGCAUUUGUGGUCUACCCCCAGGCCAUGACGAUGCUCCCCCUGUCGCCAUUCUGGUCUUUUCUCUUCUUUUUCAUGCUGCUGACCCUAGGCCUGGACAGUCAGUUUGCCUUCCUAGAAACCAUCGUGACAGCUCUGACGGAUGAAUUCCCUUACUACCUUCGACCCAAGAAGGCUGUCUUCUCCGGCACCAUCUGUGUGGCCAUGUUUCUGAUGGGCCUCAUCCUCACCACAGAUGGAGGUAUGUACUGGCUGGUCCUGCUGGAUGACUACAGUGCUGGCUUUGGGCUCAUGGUGGUGGUGAUCACAACCUGCCUCACGGUCACCCGUGUGUACGGUAUCCAAAGGUUUUGUCGAGACAUUCACAUGAUGCUGGGCUUCAAACCUGGUCUGUAUUUUAAAGCCUGUUGGAUGUUCCUGUCUCCAGCCACCCUGAUGGCGCUGCUGGUCUACAGCGUUGUGAAAUACCAACCCUCAGAAUAUGGCACUUACCGGUUCCCAUACUGGGCUGAGCUCCUGGGCAUCCUGAUGGGCCUCCUGUCUUGCAUAGUGAUUCCUGCUUGCAUGCUAGCAGCUGUGCUCAAGGAAGAGGGCACACUGUGGGAGAGGAUCCAGCAAGCCAGCCGUCCAGCCAUGGACUGGGGUCCUUCUCUGGAGGAGAACAGGACAGGCAUGUAUGUGGCUACCCUGGCGGGUAGCCAGUCCCCCAAACCUCUGAUGGUCCACAUGAGGAAAUAUGGUGGCAUCACCAGCUUCGAGAACACAGCCAUUGAGGUGGACCGGGAGAUUGAAGAAGAGGAGUCCAUGAUGUGAGGAUGGGGAGCAGGGCCCCUGGGACAGAGGAUUGUUGAAGGCAGUACUAUGGGCCCCACGGGCCCUCCCCCUUGAGCAGGGUAAUACUGUGAGUCUGAAACUUCUCUCCCAGGGCCUAGAGGCUGUUUGAGGGUGUGUUCCUAUAGGUCCCUGGGAGUUAAUGGGGCAGGAUGAGGUGAUCUUUUCUGUCAGGUGCAGUCAGAAAUCAGGCCCUGUCCUGCUGGAAUUAUUUUCCGUCCUCACUGUUCACCCAUCUCCUUUAGGGCCGGGUCACCAUCAAAACAAUCAUUCCUGACUCCUCCCAUUUCCUCACCUGGACUCUCCUUGCAUACCUAUCCUGUGGCCCAGAAAACUGCACCAAACUCAUGCCACAGUGGGGAAUCUCUCCAUUGUGACCUGGGGGGCAGGGCAGGGGAGUCCACGAAGAUGUUUGGAGCAGGGGUUUAGCACAGCCACUGACCUGCUGGCAACUUGGGUCAUCCGCCUAGAUCUUUUCAGGGCCUGAGACUAAAGGAUCUAAGGGGAUCUUGUUUGUUUCCCAGUGGACUGGGCCCCAGCUGUUCCAUUCACUGAACAUUUCCUGUAGGCCCAGCCUUGUGCUAGACUGUGAGGAACAAAGGAGAGUACAAGACCUGGUCCCUGUCCCCAAGAGCUUACAGUAAAACUGCAGAAAUAAGGCGGCAAGCAGACGCAAACAUAUGCCAGAUUUCUAUAGUCAGUGCAAUAGGAAUUCAGAGGUAGGAGAGAUGGCGAUGAAUCUGAAGGGUUUAGGGGAACUUCCUGGAGGAUGCAGGGAUUGAGAUAGACCCAGAAGGAUAAGUGGGAUUCGAAUCAGGACUGGCAGCAUCUGCUAGAAGAAGAAACAGCCUGAGCUGAAGUUUAGGAUAGGGAUGAAAUUGACCUGGCUAGAACAGAGAAGGGGGAGAUGAACUGAAAUGGAGGACAGAGGGGUGUGAGCAAAUGGGAAAGAACCUGAAAUGCUAAGAGCAGGCAGUAGGGAGCCAUUGAAGGUGUUGUGGGGAGCAGGGUUUGGGAAGUUGAAAGUCCCCAUGUAUAAGCUGAAUUGGAUGGAGGAAGCCAAAUGCCAGCAGAGAGAAGAAGGGAAAGGACAAACAGAAUCAGAGAAGACACUAUGGCAGGAGGGGUCCCCAGCAGUGAUACUGCCCGGGAUCCAGACCAGAGGAGUCUGAUGUGAAAGGCCCAUAGGUGGCUUCACACCUAAGUUGUCAAGGAGACAACAGGGGGCUCAUUAUUGAUCCGCACAGCAACAGUUGCAGACCUUCUCUUCUCUUCCAACUCCCCUUCCCCCUCCCACACUUAGAGCAGAUGAUUUAGGCUCCUACUUCCCUGAGAAGAUUGAGGCCAUCUGACAGGAGCUCUCCUUCUGAGUUCCCUGUCCUCCCUUCUCACCACAAAGAAAGAAGUAUCCCUUAUUUCCUAGGGAUGCUAAUCCUAUGGCCUUCUCCUCCUGCUUCUUCCAGGCCCCUCCUUAGCAAUCACCCAUUGUUCUUCAGGCAUCUUCAAUCUUUCAUUGGCCUCUUUCCAAGACCCUACAAACAUUCUCCAAGCUCCCCAAAACUCAGAGUCUCAUAACCCUUCCACCCCUUCUGACUAUGGUUCCUUCUCUCCCCUUCCCUUCCCUGCCAAAUUUAUUGAAGCCACAUGCAUGGCUCCCAUUCCUAACCACCCACUCUUUUCUCUACCCUCUGCAAUCUGGCUUGUGUCAGUGACCCCCUGUCGCUGAAUCAAAUGGCCUUUUUCAUUCCUCCUUGUCUAUGACCUCCCAAAAGGGUGUGGCACUUAACUCCUCUCUCCCACCUAGAUGAUCCCUCCUCUUUUACUUCCCAGGACACUGUAUUAUCCUGGCUCUGCUACCUCUCUCUCCCGCUUUUGUCUCUAUGGAGUACUGCCCUCUUCCUAAGGUCCUAAAGAUGGGUGGUCCACAAGGUUCUCUCCUUAGCCCUCUCUUCUCUUCUCUCCAUAUGCUUCUCCUUUGCUGAUCUCAUCCCUCCUGUGGCUUCAGUGGUCACCUCUACACCUAGGACCUGAGAGUCUACAUCCCCUGCCCUGCCUCCCACUCUGUGCUUCAGACCCACCUCUUCUAUCUAGAUUCGUAGAAUCUAUCUCCAUGUCCCAGCGGCACUUCAGAUUCAACUUGGACAAACUUGGACUUCUACGUCCUUACCCUCCCCACACCUACACCCCAACCAGACUUCUUUUCCUCCUACUUCAUUAUUUCGGUCACUAAGUUCACUGGACACGAGAAGAAUCGUCCUCUUCUGCUUUGAGCAGGCAGCUAUCCAUGAGUCACUGUGGAGAUGGGGGAAGAAGAGAUAGGAGUUUGCCUUGCCUUGGUUGAGUCCUUUUCUCCCAUGUCCCUUAACCUCAGGGUUAUUUUUCCCUCUUCCUUCUCCCACCGCAUUCCCCAAAGUUUUACAAAGUCCUUUUCAAUUCUACCUCUGCAGUAUCUUUUGCCUCAGUCCCCUCUUUCCUCUUCCACUCCCACCAUCAUGAUACAGGCCCUCUUUUCCACCCACUGGACUGCUGCAAUAGCUUCUUCUCACUUCCACUGUGUCCUCCCAGCCCCUCCUUCACACCCCUGCCAGAUGUUUUGGGCAUCUUUACAAGUUAUGUCACCUCUCUGCUCAAAAGUUCUACUCAGUAGAAUUCUAACUGGGGACAGUUAGGUGGUACAGUGGACAGGGCACUGGGCCUGGAGUCAGGAUGACCUGAGUUCAAAUCUGGCCUC